AUGGAUCGAGAAAGAGCUGGAUUCAACGCAGAUUCUUGGCUGCUUCGCAUUGUUAAUUUCGAUAGCCUCAGUUACCGCGACCUGAUUGUUCCUUGGUGGAUAAUAGACCCCGUCGACGAUCGAAGGCCCCUGACGUGCUGCAUUCGCUGCGUCGUUUGCCUAGCGUUCCCGGACGAUGCACGCAAAUCUCCUGUGGAAGGGGCGUGCGCUCAAGCCGAAGCCCCGCCCCCUGCUCAGGGCCCCUCGUAUGUUGCCGCAGGCGAAAGAGCUGGAGGUAGUGCUGCAAGCGAGAGGGGGGGCGAAGCAGAUGAUCUCAUGAAAGAUGGACGCACAACCCAAAGCCUGACGUAUCUGUUGUCUCAAAGGAACGACGCCAGUACAACAUGCGGGCGGACGAGCUCUGCCAACGAGUUUACUGCAGUGUACAGACGUCAAGUUAUCUAUUGUGGAUCGCGAGCAAUUGAAGAACAAAAACAGGCUAGACAUAGUGGCAGUCGCUAUUACGUGCAACCGAACUGCCUACAUUCACCGUGCUCGAAGGGCGCACCAAGAGACGUGGAACCGGCCGAACUGCCUGCCAAACGGGAGCAUACGCCCCAGGACCUUGCCCAAAAAGCAGAGCCACAGUCCGGCAUGUCGGCGAGAGACACAUACAAUGAGAGUCGGCGAGGCUCUUGGAUGGAAACUUUGAGAGGCCGAUGCACUCUGAGCACACCGGGAAAAAAAGCCGAGCGGCAUAAAAAGCAGGACUCGGAACCGGGUACCGGCAGGGUUCUGACUGUGUAUGUUGGCGCUACUGACUAUUCGAACAGCCAUGCACACGUCGAGUUCUUAGCCGCUAUUGCCCAUAGACGCGAAAUCCUCAGAAAGCAACACCAGCUAGUCUUGGAAAAGGUUAACGGACUCGCAGGCGCUGCAGGUGGUUCUGGAAGGGAGCGAGAUUUACGAAAACAAACCACACCUGAGCAAGCGGCUACCAUGGACUCGAUCCAUCACGGCAAGCACAAUGACGCAUUUACGCCUUCCGGAUCUUGUUACCAAGAGCAAUCUGUUUUGACUUGCUGGCAAGCACGACAAGCAGCGCUCGAGUGGAUGAUAUCGUCUUACAGCAUUCUUCCUGCGCAUAUAAUCAGGGACGCGGAAACGGCGGAUUACAGAGUGCGAUCGGAGGGUAUAUCCCCUUGUAACAAGCUCCUGCCGUCUCUUUUCGCCUUGUGCGUGGACAGCUUGAAUCGGAUGCUCUUUGCGACCUUGCCUUCCAUACUCGAGUUUCAGCGGUCAACAACGAACGGGCAACUGCUGUGCUCGUUGGUCUGCUGGUCUCGCGCACGGCCUCCUCCACGCGUCGCUCUGACGUUCCUGCUGGUCUCCUCUAGUGCGGAGCACAGCAAGCAGCACGCGCCCACAAACAACGUCGUGCUCCAGCAGUCUCUCACGAAGGCCGAAAUCUCUGGAAUAGAACCAUGUAUGCAUACAUCUCUCCAGCCAAGAGAGUCUACAGGUGCAGCUACGAUGGACGCAAGCGCACACAGUGAGGACAGGAGCCUUCCAGAGAAGAUCUGGGAUAAAUCCGAGGGUCCAGAUUACUGUCCGUCGGAUUUCCGGCAGCGCUUCCCGUUCGUGGAUAUGGUGCUGCACCGCGUGUUCGAUGUCGAAGAUCUGUAUCCGUUGUUGCCGUUCAUUCCAGAAGACGUGAUUGCGGCGGUGCUCUGUUCUCGGACGCUGAAUCGAACAGAUACUGAGUAUAGAUUGACUGGCCUUCUGUCGUCGUGGCGGAGAAUUCGAGAGUCUAAAGGAAGACGUUUCCGUAGCACCGCCCAUUACGGGCACGCAUCUGGUCGGCGGAUCCGGCCGCAGGCUGCGAGAGAGAACUCAACCAGUAUCGCGGCCGGCAUCUCCUGUGCUAAUGGAGUAGGAGCACUGGCAGCAGGGUGUGGUGCGUUUCGGAGGGGACCGCGAUAUCAAGCUUCCGACAACCUUGGCGCCCCGCCGGGCAGCUGCUUCGUCUACUGUCCGGAUAAGCGUUUGUUAACAUAUUUUAGCCCUGGGGAGAUCCUUGUCUGGCUGCACAAACGUUGGCGGCUGGUUUUCGUCCGCCUCACGCGGAUGCAACUAAAGAAUGGAAAAGGGGGCUAUGCUAACGAAAAGCGGAUAGAUGAUUGCACAUCGAUUGAGAGCGUGCACAAUGGAAAUUCAGCUCCAUCCGCUACGGCCCACGACGAGGCUGUCUUCUCAGAGAGUUUUGCUCGGUCGGCGCAUGCUGUAGGUUCACAACCUCGACCUGGGGAGCCGUGUGUUCUUUCAGAGGUCACUGGAGGUAUCGUGGCUGAUAGAGUGCUCGAAGUUGGCACUGAAGGGAUGACGUCCGGCUAUGCAAGUACUUCACCGGACGGCAGAGACCGGGAGCGAGCAGGCGAGGUUGUAUCAUCAAUCGGCGCCGGUAGUCAUGCUGAUGUGGUGAGGGUAGGCGUGCACCGGGAGGAUAGUAUCGCUCUUGAUGAGACCGCAGCUAGCGGGAUUCCCCAGAUAGAGGAACGACUACAGGUCGUGAGCACUCCUGUCCCGGCUGAUCUGCCAAGCGUGAACUGGCAGCAUGCUUCACCCAGCCGAACGUUCCAAGUGGCGGACUUGGGUUCCUCGGCAGAUCGAUCGAGGAUGCCAACCGGGUCAGAAGGCAGUGGGUGUAUGCAAGCGGCAUCCCAAACGGGAAUUGAUGAAGAGGAGGAAGUUGCAAAUGAGCUGCCAGGGUCGGAAUCGCCUGUCAGUUUGGGUGAUCUGUCUCAUAUCUCCCUAACUGACUUACCUGAUCUCAGUCCUACGUGGCCUGAUCUUCAUCCUGCUGCUGUCUCUCGAAAGCCCCGUACGCAGCGGCGUCUGGUCAAUCGACUCGUUUAUGCACCAUGUCGGCGGUGGCGCGAGGUCGUGGGCAGCGGGCCCCAGUACGCCAGACCCGAGCAGCAGGUGAGAACUUUUAUUUGA